UGGAUGGGCCAACACUCUCCAAGUGUGCCUCUUGAAUGUAACAAAGGAUGACGUCUCAUUCUUGUAUGUACCCCUGGCCCCCCAUGAACUUCCAACAAAUGAGAACCGUCGCUACUAGUAUAUGGGGCCAAACGCCGAUCAACUUGCCUUGUAUCGGACGAGAACAGAGUUUGCAUCGUCGAGUUGGUGGCGCAUCAUCACACAAGGCCUUCCAUGAUUGCUCCUGUGUGGACAACAGAUGUAGUGGCUGGGCCGUAAGCAUCGUAUAAGACAGGGAUGUAAGGUCUGACAUACAUAUAAGGACAAUGAACUUGGACGCUCUGAGCAUCUCCAAUAGAGAUAUAAGCUUAUUCCCCUUUCUUUGCAAUCUGAGGGUGGGCACGUUACAUAUUCGGUGCUGUGCCUCUCUCUCCAUCUUCCCCCAUCUCACAUUGACUUCACUGUCUCGAUACCCUCGCCAUGUGUGGAUUAACGGCCUUCGUGACUGUGGGGGGAACACCUGGUUGUGCUCACUGUGCCAAUGAUUUCCUCGGCCUAGAGGAACAGCUCGAGGAAAGCUUAGACUUAGUCAAUCAUCGAGGUCCAGAUGCGCGUGGUCGUUGGUUCAGCCCGGACCACAGGGUUGGUCUGGGACAUGUCCGACUCUCCAUCAUCGACCUGAGUCCUGCAGGGAACCAGCCUUUCCACGACAGCGAGAACGCGAUUCAUGCUGUCGUCAAUGGCGAGCUCUAUGACCAUGAGCAGUAUCGAACGGAGCUGGCUCAUGAAUACAGCUUCAAAAGUAACAGCGAUUGUGAAAUCGUCAUCGCACUCUACCGACAUUACGGAAUCUCCUUUCUCAACAAAUUAAGAGGCGAGUUUGCUCUUGUCCUCUAUGACGCGAAUCGCAAGCUGUUCUUGACAGCCCGUGAUCGAUAUGGUGUCAAGUCACUGUACUAUACCAUGGUUGGCAAUCGGCUUUUAGUCGCUACGGAAAUGAAGUCUUUCCUGCCUUUUGGCUGGAAGCCACAAUGGGAUAUCACAUGUAUCAGGGAAGGAGCCUGGAUGAGCGGCUCGCGAAUGUUCUUCAAAGGGGUGCAUAGAUAUAUGGUCAGUCAGAACUUCAAGACACCUGAAGUGGGAAUGUACUGGGAUACCGAUUAUCCAGAUAAAAAAACAGUCUACCCGCAUUCCGAAGACGAAGUAAUAGAUAGAGUCAGGGAGCUUAUGCUCGACGCUGUCCGAAUCCGACUGCGUGCUGAUGUGGGCCUGGGGAUCUACCUGAGUGGAGGGCUAGACUCGUCCGCCAUAGCAGGUAUGGCCGUGAAGCUUGUCCAGGAAGGAACCAAGCUCGGAAACGACACAAGCGGUGAGCGUUCAAAAAUAGACUGCUUCACAGUCCAAUUUGAAAAGGAUAGUGGGUUCGACGAGUCAGAGAUCGCGCGACGAACAGCCGAGUGGUUAGGCGUGGGAUAUCACCCUAUAUACUUGGAUGAGGAGGCCAUUGCCGCCAGGCUCGAGGAUACAGUCUGGUAUAGUGAAACGCCGGCCGCCAAUGUCAAUGGAAUGGGGCGGCUGGCAGUAGCUGAGGCCGCUAGGGCUAUGGGAAAAAAGGUCAUCCUCACAGGCGAAGGCUCCGAUGAGCACUUCUCGGGCUACUCUGACUUGCUGCCAAAUUUCCUUCUGGAGCCGGAUCCUUCAUGGCCACAGUCCCUGGCUAAGCAGGCUGACAUUGCAGAAGCUUGGAAAGUCUUGGAGGAAAGAGAUCGAGUACUCACGGUGGGCAUGGACGAAGUGGCCGCUCCAACAAAGCGUAUGCUUAACAAUACCACGUUAAGCGCCCGACUAAGCACGAUAAUCAGUUUGCCAUACUCAUCCUGGACCGAUCAGUUUAUGCUGAGGCCCCCGUCCACAGCAUUUGCAGAGAACUUCGGUGUUCAGGUCCUCCACAAGAUGAUGGAGAAAUGGCAUCCUCUUCAUUCAACGCAGUAUCAAUGGAUGAAAACCGUUCUCGCGAACUAUAUCCUCCGCUAUAUCGGUGAUAAUAUUGACAUGGUCCACCAGAUUGAGACACGACCGCCAUUCCUUGACCAUUACGUUACGGAGUAUGCAAAUAAUAUCCCGCCAAGUCUCAAAAUCAGAUAUGAUCCUGAGAGUAAAACCUUUCGCGAAAAGCAUAUCCUGCGUGAAGCUAUGAAGCCAUUUGUUACGGAGGAAAUCUAUAACCGUACCAAGCACCCAUUUGUCGGACCAUUUACAUACCAAGAAGAUGGCCCCGUACACAACAGCUUAAAACGACUGUUGACAGAAGAAAAUGUCAACCAGCUGGGAUUUUUCGACAACGAUGCGGUGCAGCGCGAUUUCAUCAAGGCAUUUCGCGACAAGGAUGGCAUGUGCUUCCAGAGAGCAUUCACCGUGGCCCAAUACGUUGUCUUGGGACAACGAUUUGGGGUCAAGAAGGCCCAGGAUCCGGGAUGCAGCGAGACAUCGUCUGGGCCGCAUGUAUGAGCCAAUUAAGAAGAUAACAGGCAUUCCCAGAGUUACAUGUACGCCUAAUGAUUCCCCCUUUAUGGCAUCUGAUUCUAGUCUAGCAGUAGCUAAACGAUUGUGCAAUGCGAGGAAAGGGUUCAUGUGAGCAUCCGAAGGGAUAGCGUUCUCGUAAAACUGUCCGCGUCAUCCAUGACAAUAACGGUCUUACAGUAUCAUUGGGAAUCCCAACAGUUCUGUGACUUGUUUAAACAUCGAUAACCUGUAAGGGUUGAUCCCAUGACUUAUCGGUGGCGCAGGUUUGCAUCUGGUUGGCGCGUACUAUUGAAUACAGUACAUUGGAAGCCAAAUAUUGCGAUCCUCGGAUAUAGCUUAGUACUCACUGUAAUGGACAAUGCGCACAAGAUCCGAGGCCUAAGAUACAU